AUGGCAUCGCCGUUCACUGGAGGCCUCCCCGUCUGGGACGAGACGCUGCUCUCUGCGCAAAUCGCGAACCUCUCGACUUCGCCAGCGCCCACCAGCAACGCCGGCGCGCCCGCUUCCGAGAGUGCCCUCAAAAACGUCCACGGGCGCGCCCGCAUCAGCUUCAGGGAGGCAGAAGGGAGCAAGAGACGACGGCAAAAAGGCCUCGGGGGGUUCACCCCUCUGUACGAGUCGAUCGUGAGAGGCGAGAAAUGGUCGACGCCGAAACCUUCGUCGCUCUCCCUUGAAGAGAAAUACGAGCUCUGCCUCUCCAUUGCGCAGGAGUGCAUCCAGCCGGAGGAGCUCCGCGCGCUCUUGGAGAAGAAGCCGUUCCCACUCUGCUACGACGGCUUCGAGCCCAGCGGCCGCAUGCACGUUGCGCAGGGUCUGCUGAAGGUCACGAACGUCAACAAACUGACCAGGGCGGGCUGCGUCUUUGUCUUCUGGGUGGCGGACUGGUUCGCGAUGCUCAACAACAAGAUGGGCGGUGACCUCAAGAAAAUCCAGAAAGUCGGAGAAUACUUCAUCGAGGUCUGGAAGGCCGCAGGCAUGGACAUGCAGAAUGUGCGCUUCCUGUGGGCCAGUGAAGAGAUCAACCGGAACUCUGAUCAGUACUGGAUGCAGGUCAUGCAAAUCGCGCGGUCUUUCACCAUCACCAGAAUCAAGCGCUGCUCUCAGAUCAUGGGUCGUCAGGAGGGAGACGACCAGCCCGCCGCGCAGAUCCUGUAUCCUUGCAUGCAGUGCGCCGACAUCUUCUACCUGGGAGCGGACAUUUGCCAGCUGGGCAUGGAUCAGCGAAAGGUCAACAUGUUGGCCCGCGAAUACUGCGAUGAAAUCAAGAGGAAGCUGAAGCCGAUCAUUCUGUCGCACCAGAUGUUGCCGGGGCUUCUGGAGGGUCAGGAGAAAAUGAGCAAGUCCAACCCAGACUCGGCGAUCUUCAUGGAAGAUACGGAGGUGGAAGUUAACAGGAAAAUCAAGAAAGCAUUCUGCCCGCCAGGUGUCAUUGAGGGCAACCCGUGCGCGGCCUACGUCGAGAAGCUUGUGUUCGCUGCUUUCGGAGAGUUCACAGUGAAGCGGUCGGAAGCCAACGGAGGCGAUAUUGUGUACAAGUCGGUGGAGGAAUUCAGAAAUGCGUACAUUAGUGGCGAUCUCCAUCCCGGAGAUCUCAAGGAGAGCCUUGCGCGCGAACUGAACCGCAGGCUCGACCCCAUCCGCAAGCACUUUACUGAAAACGAGCACGCGAAACAGUUGCUCCAGCAGAUCAAAGCAUACAAGGUUACGAAAUAA